AUGGAUUUAAAUCAGGAGAUUGACCAGUUGGCUUCUGAGUUUUAUGGUGACUUUUCCACUAAGCUGAAUGCUGGCAUAAGUCAAAAGAGUGGGUUUGCUGAUGACUUUGUCAUAACUCCUGACUCUGGUAAUCGAGGUCAAGCAUCUGUCCUGCAAACCCAAAAGAAAGAUGACUAUGUACAACUACACUCUCAAUAUUCCAAGCCUGUAAAUGCCAAUGGAUUCGAACAAGAUAUUUUAGGUGACGCAACGUUUACAGAGUUUCAGCUAAAUGAUAUAAAUUUUGAGUUCCUUUUGAAAUCGCAACAGCAUCCACAACAACAGCAACAACAGGACCAACGCCUACCACAGAUACAGGAGACCCUACUAUCAAACAACAACCCUGACUCACAGCAGUUCAAUGCUCAUCAUGAAUCAUCCUUUUCGCGGCAGAUGAAUCAACCACUACACUACCAACUACAACAUCAAAAACAUGACCAAUUCAGCACGAAUAGAGAUUCAAAAAAUGUCACAGGAGGCUUGUCUGGAACAUUUGCCCAACAGGGAGAUAACAUGGUAGUUGAUGACUCUCCGCCAUUCACUAUUGAGCUGGACCUUUAUUUCGACCAAGGUCUUGACAAUAACUCUAUAAUCACAAGCAACAACUUGCAAAACCAUAAUGACAACAGGUCGUCCAUUAUCAGUCACAGUAACAAUGUCGGGUUUCAAAACAAUCAUUUAAAGAGUCCUAUGCAAUCCAAUGAACUUACAGGCAGCCCCUUUGACGACACAUCAAGAGUUUCGUCUGUUCAAAACAUACAACAUAUGGGUCAUGGCAACUUUGACAAAGCUAACAAUAUUAAUCGACGCAGUGUUGUUGACAGCGAGAGUCAACAGUUUAUGGGAAGAUUGCGAAAUGGAUCCAUAGACUCGUAUUAUGCUGCCAACGUAAUCAACCAGCACCUACAUCCGCAACUGCAGUUUCUGCAGUUUCAAGCACAACAACAGCACCAGUUCCAGUCUCAACACCAAGGUGGUGCUCAAAAUAACUCAGCAUCGUUUCAGGAGAUGUCGCCUAUUACAACAACCACAUCCAACACGCAUUCCGUCAAUUCACUACACUCAACGCAACCAUCAUUUUUUUCAGCCCAACAGUUUUUCACGAGAAAUUCACUAGAUCAACAACCGCUGUCAUUGACCCGCCCCUCGCUGGAUUUCAUCGGUCGCCCAUCUUUGGACAGCCAACAAUCACAACAACAGCAACAACGGAACGCAAGAUAUUCCAGCUUCACCAAUUCCAUUUCCAACAUGAUUCCAUUUAUGGGUGAUCGAAAUCAGUCGCAAAGGUCACCUCCAGGCACAUCUACGCAACCUGUGAUGAGUAAUGGGAACAUACCCAAUCAGCCUAGACACUUGAUCCGAUCGAUAUUCAAAUCCAACUCUGCUUUGAACUCAAGUCAGAAUCAAAUCGCUGAUAGUACUGCUGACAAGAUGGAUAAUAACGAUGAUGUGAAUAUGGAUGAAAUGCCAAACCAAUUUUUGACUACAUCAGCAGAUAAUACAAACCUUACCUUGGGUUCAGAGUCUGAAACACAAGUUGAGCCUCCAAAGAAACAAAAGGGCUCUAAGCGAAGUUUGUUUACAAGAUUUAAGUCUUCUAAGCAGGAUGACGUUGACGAAUCACCAAAGGUUGGUGACAAGGAACCUUUGUUACAAGAGAGUGAGAGUUUGGACGCAGUGCAUCCUGGUUCUGGACAGGCAUCUAGUGGCACUCCCUCAUUUAUGACCGGAGGACCAGUCAAUUUAGAAAACACCACUUCGGAGUCUUCUCAAAACGCAGCUGAACCGGAUUAUGCUGCUUUGUUUGAAAAUGUUGGGAAGAGAAAGCCAAUUGGCUCGAAUUAUAGAAAGCCUAAACGUGAAAAAACCAAGGAGGAUCAGACUCAGUCACAACAACCAAACACCACUGGCAAUCCUGCACCGACACCCUCGCUAUUUUUUGGAAAGAGUACUCAGCGAGCAAGAGGGGCCAGCAGUACCAAUUCUCUCGCUGAUAACUCGAGUGCUACCAACAUAAGUGUCAAUUCAUCCAAUGCGUCAUCAUCUCAUGUUGGCCAGAACAUGUCUUUGAAUGAAAGCGACGAACAAGCAGUUACAUCUGAAAUCCAACCACAACCGCAAGCACAACAGCCUCUUACAUCCACGUCAUCCUUGGCAACUGCAUCGAAACGUUUAUUAGGAGGAGCCAAAAUCAUGCUGAAGGGAAACAAAAGGUCAUCUUCAAAGAUUUCGAAAAAGGAGAGAGAAACCGAGAAAGAGAUGGAUGCUAUCGUGCUUGAUGAAGAACCGAUAAUUGCAACACUAGACACCCCAGUAGCAACAAUGAUUUCCAAGGGGGUUGAAGUUGAAGUUGAUUUAGCUUCGUUGGACUUACCUUCCAACACCAAGAUUUUCCCCACGGCGAUUAUCAAUUCCAAGAAUCGUACACGCGGUCGAAAAGAAAACAAAGAGGCCGAUUUGAAUGAUGAAACAAAGAUUUUCCUUUGCAAUUAUUGUUCGAGAAGAUUUAAACGACAUGAACAUUUGAAGAGGCAUUUCCGAUCAUUGCACACUUUUGAAAAACCGUAUGAUUGUCCAAAGUGUAAUAAAAAGUUUAGUCGGUCAGAUAAUCUUCAGCAGCAUUUGAAGGUUCAUAAUGGUGAAGGGGGUGGAACUGGUGCUAAGGAAGUUGAGGCGGAGGCAAAUGAGAUUACUAGAGAUGACAUGGAAUGA